AUGCAGAGGCGAGUCGGUGUCCUAACUGCUGCUGCUGCGUGCCGCUGCGCUCUGCGCCGACUGCGCCACGUAUGGGCUCGCCCCGUACACGAAUCGGGCGCUCUGGCCUCCGUGAACGGCGCCUCAAAUGCCGGUCUGGUGGAAGCUGUGCGGAAUCAGAGUACCAUCCCCGACCGGCGCUUUCACUGUAGCGUUUGCAAGAAGUCUUUUCGCUUGGAGAUGGCGGCAAAACUGCACCUUCAACAGGUGCACAACAGCGAGGGCACCGUGGAGGCAGGCGCUGGUCCCGGGCAGGGCGAGAAGGAAGCGCAGCAGACCCCGGUAGGUGUGUUUCGUAACGCCCCUCCGCAGGCGCCGACUGUCGUCUCGCCAAUCGUGCCCGAUACUCACGAGCGCUCUGCGCGCCGUGCGAAGCCGGCCCCAAAACCACUCCACCAGGCCGAGCGCGAGGUGCCAGGUCUCGUGAUGGAGAAGAUGCUCUCGGUAUGGGAUGACACGGGCCUGAAGCGAAUGGGUAAUCAGUUUAUUCACAGUACGAUGGUAAUGCGUGUGUUUGCUGCUCGCCCGUCUGACUGCGGCGAGCCGUUGUACGGAGCCGUGAUUCCAGAAGGUGAGAACCCGUUUGAGGAUUGCCAAUAUGCCGCUGACAAGGCAGGCCCUAUCAUGGCGAAUGACGAGAAAGCCAAUUUUUAUCACAUUACUGAAAGCGACGCUUUUGCAAUGGCGUCUGAUGAGUCUCUCGGUCCAUUGCGCCCCUCUCGGUGCCCGAACCCGUUUCUCCGAAAAGCAACAAAGGAUAUUCCGAAAACUGCCACGAGGAUGGAGUUCGCAGAGCAGCAAACAGCCCCGGUAACGCCAUUCGGCCAGCUCCCCAUGUUUGGGCAGACUCUUCCACCUGCUACGGCACCCAUGCCCAGCGCCGCCGAGCAACCGUCGACGAAGGACAACACUGUCGUUUCUUCUCCCUUCGCCGCCGGCGCCAGUGACUCACCGUUUGCGGGGACGACAAACGUUCUGUCUGUCGGGCAAGGGCACUCUCCGUUUGGCUCGGUCGAGGUUCCUGCAGAUGUGGCCGCUGUCGAGCCUGGGAAUGCAGCGUCCUCUGUGACUUCCUCUUCGAUACCGACGUCGCCGUUCGCGGCUGCUGCUGGUGCGAUCCCUCCGUCUCCAUUUGCCGCAGCCCCGAGCCCCUUCACCACCAGCUCUUUUGCAGCCGCCUCGUAUGCAGCAGUGGAGGCAGUCGCGGCCACAAGCAGCGCUUUUGUUUCUGACGGCGCAUCCCCUGUCUCCUUCUCCGCGUGUCCCGCCAGCGCAUCGGCUAAGGAGGCGCCCACCUCGACGCAUGUGUGCACCAUCUGCAAUAAGAGCUUUUUUAUGCAUGACGGGCUUCGAAUGCACAGCAAGGCCAAGCAUGGGAAGGAGCUGCCGAAGGCGUCACGGAAGGAGAAGCGCGAAGUGCCGGAUUUACCAGCCUUCAUCCCCAGCCCGGUGGAUCUCACGAUGACAUCCCCCUUCGGCUCGUCUGCACAGCGAUCGGUGUGGACGGAAGUGGAACUCACACCCUAUGCGCAGUCCGUGAGUAACAUUACUGUGGCAGGUCGCGUGCUGGAUGUCGAAGUAUCGAAUGAAGGGGCGUUGCUCUUGUCCCUUUAUGUCUCCGAUUCGGCCGAAAAGGAGGCUGAGGUGAUUCCUGUUCGCUGUACCUCAGAUGCCUUGAGAACCUUGGGCAAAACGCUCGAGCAAGGCGACCACGUAUUCGCGUGUGGCUCGUUGCGCGUUUUGCCCUUCACUGAUAAGAAAACGCAAAAGACGUAUUCCUCCGCCGUCGUGCACGUUACUUUUCCGACGGGAAUUAUUGCCAAGCUGAGCUGA